GCAACUAUUCCAUGUGUGUAAUUUGUUUUGGUGAUCAUGGCUGAAUUUGGCAGGAAAUGCAAUUUGUAGUGUGCACUUUGGAGUGAUUUCAAUUACUGUUAAUUACUGUUAAUCCGUAACGGGUCUCAGCACAAUGUUCUGUCUCCGGGGGUCGUCUCAAAGAGUGGUGGAGCCCGUCCCUGUGACGUCAGAGACCAAGGCGCAGAAACCAUCCUUGGGCGACAUUAACUUAAAUCACGAAAUAUUUCGACGCAAGUCUAUGAUUGCCAACCCAAAUGUCCAGCUGGUUAAAAUCAAAACCGUGGUAGCAUUUAAAAACGCAAGGAACGGUGGGGGAUCCGAGGGCGCGGAAAACAACGAUCGCCUGCCCUCCCUCGGGGAACAAACGACAAAUCAACCACAGGAGGAUUCGAACAACCAACCACAAACAUCAAAGGUCAAGCGGAGAUUCACCUUGGCGGACGUGGCGAGAACAGUGACCAAUGGCCGGACAAAGAAGGUUUCGUUUCAAGAAUUUGAAGAGGACGAAUCAGAGAGCGCAUCUCAAAAAAUGGAGGCUAACCUGGAGCGAAAGGCCUCUGUAUUUAAAAAGAUUGCCCUCAAACUGUCCAAAGGUAGUAUUCUUAACAGGAAGUUGGAUCCAGGAGCAAAGGUCAAAUCCGAUGUAGAACGACUGUGGAAAAUUCGCUGCAGCCUGUACAAAAAAGAAAAAUUCACAAAGGAGGAAAUCACCUUGCUACGUUCUCUGAUCAGCGACACGCUUGAUUUGACAGGGCGCCUGCGCAUCCUCGUCCGGGAAAACGAAGACUUCACUAACCAGGAGGUGGAGACGUACUGUAGAGACAUGAACGGCCUACAACUCCUGUUUAACAACAUCGUGGAGAUCUGGCAGAAAGUGCCCGACCCAGAGAAAUCAAAACAUAAGGACGAGAUCGUGAGUGACGUCAUGGAGCUUUCUACUGACGUCACUUCCAUCGUAGGGGAGAUCCUCUUGGUCCUCCUGCAGCGGUUCCACCUGAACAUCGUCCCCCUACUUAAACCUCUUCACGGACUGUUCUAUGGCCUAGGGCUUCACGUUAAAUUCAACUGUCUGGAUAAGGACCUGAUAAAUAGUAACUCUGCCGCUGGAAUAUUCUCUGGAUUUCUAUCAGGAGUUUUGCAGCUAUUUAGAAGCGCCAAAAUUCUAUUGAAGAGACUCAAAUUUGAAGAUGACGCUUCUGUAGCGAAAAAGAAGCUGGUCCAGACAAAUAUUGCGUCAUUUGUCAGUGACGCAACAGUGUCACAUGGUCUGCACUCUUUCUCGGCGGAUGAACUCCGUGACAUGAUGAUCAGGAUUGGGAACCUAUGUACCGACUCGUUCUACACCAUCGGCAAAACUAGCGCGACCUUGGACUAUAUCGACCUCGGGGACGGGGUUCACGCCGUGUCUCCCCUGGAGAGCCUCGGUUCCAUCUCCCACGUGGACUUUGUCCAGUGUCCAAUAGAAUCGCGUUCCUUGCUGAUGUCGGGGAUCCAGCUCAACGACGGCCAACACUACGUCUCCGACAUUUUCCUCGUCAAUGGAAAUGCGUUUCACAGCCAAGCGAAGAUAACUCUGAGGGCACCAAUCCAUCAUUCGUCAUUUCCGGCGUCUGCGACUGUUCGAGUCAAAACGAAAUCUGGGGAUAAAUGGAUUGAUGUGGAUGGGGAUAUAAUUGCCGGUAAAUGUGAGUUCCGUGCCAGUUACAUGGAGGCCUUCGUGGUUGUAGCGGGUUACCGCCCCUAUCAUCGGGAGAUAACUCCUGCCGGUUUCACCUACAUGUCAGACGACGACUCGCGGAUCAGGAUCAAUUUUCCCCAAAACUGUUUCAGUCGGCCGUGCAUUGUCCAGUUCAGGCUUAUUCAACUAAACAGAAACAGGAUAUUUUCGUAUAAGGAAACAUGCCCAGACGAAUGCAAAUACAUCACUUGUAUAUCGGACGUCAUUUUCAUAAAGCAUGAUGAUGACGUCAUAAUCAAAGAACCUGCUCUUGUUCAUAUGCCGAUCAUUAACGACACGGACGACUACGAGACUGAACUCGUUGUUUUCCGGAAGCGAGAGGACGGUGAGGUGGAACUGAUCCCUCGACCUAGUGCCAUGCGCUGUGAGUCCACCGGAAACUGCUAUACAUUCCAGAUCGACCGGUUCUGUGGACUUGCACUCGGUAAAGCGAACAAACGACAGUUGAAGAAGAACCGGCGCGCCAUCAUUGACGAGUUUAACCUGUACUACGAGACAGAGCACAUCUGUACCGCCAUUACCAUGUUGGACAAGUCCUCCUUACAGAGCGGCGUCGUCAAGUUCUGGACGGAAGUCGUGGAGAACAGAUUCCUUAAAAGAAUUCUGCGCAUGCGCAUGAAGGAAGGUCUUUACGAAGUCCCCGGAAGUCGAUCGCCGCACAUACGCAUGAAAGAUUAUGACGUCAUUCGAAUAGAUUUGGACGGAAACAUGGGGAAGAUACGUAGUCUGUCUUCGGACCAUUAUUUUAUUUCGUACCUCAGCAGUUCAAACCAGAACUAUCGUUCGUUUCCGGUGGAGCCGAGGCGGGAUCCCCGGGGCAGAAACAUCGGCGUGAUAAACUACUACCGGGAGUCGGGCCAAGAGGAUGUCUGUAUACACCUAGUUGCCGUGGAUACGGAGCGGUUCCUGAUUUCCGGUCCCAGACUGCCCACCUCUCACUCCGAGGCCAAACCACCCUCCUCCCAGACGGGUCGCGUGACGUGGUCCCGUGGAUCACACAGGUCCAGCCGCUCCGUCAGAUCAACCAUCGCCUACCGAUCAAUGUUCGAGGAUGUGCCCGUCUUGAGUCACCAGAGUUUACUAGUGUUAGCUGGUGCCCUGCCCCUUGAGUACGCCACCACGCUAGGUGUCGCUCUCAGAGUUCCUUACGAAGACAUCUUGGACAUCAAGGCUCUGGACCAGCCCCCCGUCAUCACAAACUUUGAAAUUCUGUGGAAAUGGCGCGGGAAAAUUGCCAGUUUGGAAAUGGUUGAUGCGCUGGUGAGCGCCCUUCGCGAGGUCAAACAGAAAAGGCUGAUUGACGUCAUUAUGCUGGCUAGCUCUGAGAAACGUCAUCUCAAACACAGUGACUUCUCACAUCGCCAUAACUGUGUACAGUUUGCAGUCGCGCCAUCAUAACAAAAAGACCAUAUCUUAAGAUAUUUCUGUAAUUUACUGUUUGUAUAUGAUUAUGUUUAUUAUAAGCAUUAUUUUUUUAUUUAUUUUACAAUUUUGUAUUCAUUUUCUUUUAGUAUGUUUUUUGUACAGCCCCGAAUAAAUAUGGAAUGGAAAUUGGUCUUCUUAGAGUUG